UUAUAUCAUUACCUUACAUGUGAAAUACUCUCAAGAUAAAAUUAAAAAUUUAGUAGUUAAAAUUGUUACUAAACGGUUUAAUUUGAUACAAUAUUAAAAUUUAUGGUUUUUCGUUAAGUAUGGGAAGAUAUUAUUACGUCAAGUAUCAUUCUCUAGACAGCUGGUACAAAGAAACCUAUUCUAGACAAUAACUUAAUAUCUGCUUUGCAAAAAUACAAAAUAUGAUGGAAAUUAAAUCAUUGGACAAAUAGUCAUGUUUCAAGUUGGAUGAAAUUCGGAGACGAACGUACAUAUAUAUUAUGCAUGUCAAUGAAUACGUGAAACAUGGAAAAAUCAUCAGAACAACAUUUACCAAUGAUAGAUUUUGAGGAAGAAGAUGGAACUGAGUUAGGAGAUGGCGGAAGAAAAAAAUCGGUUCUUUGUCUAGAUGUGAAGGGUGUACGUUUAAACGAGAAAUGUACGUUCGUGUGUACGUGUGUAGUGAUCGUCCUGCUAUCCCAGGGAAUGGUCAGCUUUCCUUGGCUUAUACCUUACAUAUACGCUUUACUAACGCCUCUGCUCAUCACAGUACGAGUCAUUAUGUAUUGGAGGAAAAGAUGGCACUUCUUCUUGCUGGAUUUCUGUUACUUCGCUAACAUGUUUUGUCUGAUUUUCCUAUGCUUUCCAAGCAGUGAAUACGUGUUCUCAAUAAUGUUCUCACUGUCGCUUGGACCACUGAUAUGGGCGGUACCAGUUUAUAGAAACUCUUUGGUUCUGCACAGCGUGGAUAAAGUAACCUCCACGUACAUUCACAUUCUGCCACCAAUACUCUCUUUUGUUGUACGGUGGUAUCCAAAGGAAACGUCACUCUUCUGGUAUACGGAAUUUCUGCCGGAGGUUCCCGAGCUUUCUGCUGUAUGGACAUAUAUUGUACCUUGUUUAGCCUUUGUUUUUCAUAGUGCAAUUUAUUCUCUUGUGGUGAAUGUAUUCAGCACUUCCAGUAACGAGACUGUAUCCAGCUAUAACUAUCUAGGGGAGAAAGAAGAUAGCUGUCUAUAUAAACUCUUUAAUUGUGUUGGACCUAGGUACCGAUGCGGCAUGUUUUACGUGUGGAACUGGAUAUUCUGUGCAGUAACCUUGGUGGGGUCCUUACUGUGUUACUAUUCUUUCACCAUCAACUGGCUGUGUAUCUUGUUGCUCAGUCUAACUGCUAUAUGGAACGGGGCAAGCUACUAUGUUCACGUAUUUGCCGUCCGAGGCUUUGUCGAGGAAAUUGAGUGAAAUAUUCUAGAAAAGGACUUUUUUUCCUAUUCAGACUGUUGUUUAAAGAUACACUUUUCAAAUCAUUUAUAAACAAUGUUUUCUCAGAAAAACUCAUAUAAUUUAUUGCUUCAGAUUAUAUUUAUAAAAAUUCAUCCAAACAUUUUAUAUAUGAUUUGACUUGAAUGUACCAUAAAAAAUUAAAAUCAAUUUUAAAAACUUA